AUGCCCCGCCAAACCUUCUCCCAAGUUUCCACCGCGCGGAAGCAAAACCUGCUCGUAGAAUUGUUCCCCCCCCUCCCACCAUCCCCCCGCUCCCGAUAUGCCUUCACUAACUUUCGCAGCGCAAGCCUAAAGCACACAUCGCCCCCGGGCGUGUACGCCUCGCUCUCAUCAACAUCGCACAGUACCUGGCACUGCGUACUUUUCCCCCGUCGGGGACCCUACGCAUCCGCUGUUCUCCCCUUCACAAUCGAGUUCCCGGAAUGGUACCCUGACGGCCCGCCGCGGAUCGAGUUCCCGUCCGAUGUCUGGCACCCUAUGCUCAAGAAUGGGUUAUUCCAGUGGGGGAAUUGGUGGACACGUAGGGAGGGACGGGACACCGUGGGAGUGCUGGAGUUUAUCAAGAGCUGCUUUGAUGAUGAGGCGGUUGUCGUGAGGGAAGUUGGGGGGUGGAAGACUGGCUGGGAGGAGAAGGUGAGGAGAGUUGUUGAGGCGAGUCAUGCGGAGAAAGGGGAUGGAGUGGUGAGUUAUAUCCCUUUGUCGGGGUAACGCUACCAAGGGUGGUGCUAAUGUGUGUAUUCUAGAUUCGUUUUGUUGAGUUGGAUGAGCCUGUAGAAAAGGGGGUCAUGGGUCUCAUGAGCGGGAAGGGCGCGACGCCACAUUGACCGAGGUUUAUCGAGGUCCUUUCUCAUCUGGAGCUUUGGCUGGGGUUCAAGAAAAUAGACUGAACUUUUUUAAGAGCUGUCACGCUCUGUUUUCUGUUUUUUUUCUUGUCCUCAGGCGUCCCGAUCUUGCCGUUUUUCGAGAGCUAAGGGCUAAUCAGGCGCCCUUGAUUUUUCUAACCCAACUAUUAUAGAGUUUUCCUUUUAUUUUAUUUCCCUUACCCUCCCAGUUUCUCGCAAAAAUCGGGAAUGGUUACUCCGGAGGGGGGGGGGUGAGGUGAAUUCCUUCGAUGGACUUUUAUCUCAAGA